AACCACGAGGAUUUGUUCGUCGUCAUGAAGCUUUCUUCCGUGACGGUCGCACUUGGGCAUGUUCCUAUACAGAUAAUAUUGUACGCGUUCGAACAUGAUCGUUUACAAGUAAGAAGAUGCACAGUACAUCCAGAUGAUAGUACAUGAGAUGGAAAGUUUCGUCGAGCUCGCGAACUUGGAGGAGAGGGUCAUCUUUCAGAAUUACAUCAACAAGUGCAAGUUGUGUUACGGGACGGUGAUGGGCUGCAUAACUUUCACGAUGUGUGCGAUGUUACUCGGACCAUUUGCACUGGAUCAAACUUUUCCGUUAGAAAUAAAGUAUCCAUUCGAUGUAGAGCGGCAACCGCUAAAGACUAUUAUCUACUUGCACCAUGCGCUGCUGAUAUAUCAAAGUUACGUUCAAGUGUGUACCAAUGUCUUCGUGGCUCUGUUACUUUGGUUCCUGGUGGCACGAUUCGAUAUUUUGGCGUGCAAGUUUCGCAAGAUCGCGAAUGCCUCAGAGUUCCUGAUCUGCGUGAAGCAACAUCAACAGUUAUUGCGAUACGCGAGAAAUGUUACUAUUAGUCUACGAUUUGUAACGUUAGCGGCAAUUAUUGCUACUACGAUAGCGGUUAUAUUAGCCAGUUUAACAUUCCUGAGUAAACAACCAAUUACUGUGAAAAUUCAAUUUAUGACUAUGGCUUUUUCCGCCCUGAUGGAAGUUUUUCUCUGUGCGUGGCCAGCCGAUUGUUUAAUACACAUGAGCAGCAACAUCUCCCAGGCUGCUUACGACUCGAUGUGGUUCGACAGAAAGGUCUCUUUGCACAAAGACCUAUUAUAUAUUACGGCACGAAGUCAGCAGCCUGUUAUCCUCAGCAUACCGUGCGUGUUACCGAUUCUGUCCCUCAACUUCUACAGUUCCUUUCUCUCGUCCACUUUCUCAUUUUUGACUGCAUUUCGAGCGGUAUUAGAGGUGGAAGUUGAGAGCUGAUCUUCUUGCGAACAUCGCGUCGUGUCGCAUUGCAUUUUCGCAAUGUAGUGAUGAUUUCAGGAUAAACCAGCACUGCGGAA